UUACUGCUUUAUCACGUUAUUCCCUAAAUAUUUCCUGUUUAAUAAUUUGCUGUUUGGUGAUUUCGUAGUUGAUAAAACUAUUCUAUCUGUUUUUAUUAGUGAUUUUAUAAAAAAAUGGCUGUAUUAGCGGCUGCUCAGCUUUUAGAUGAGUUAAUGGGGCGGAACAGAAAUGUGGCACCUAACGAAAAAGUCAAAGAACUGAACUGGGAGGAUUCUGAGUACUGUAAAUAUUUCUUAGCCAAAUUCUGCCCUCAUGAUCUGUUUGUAAAUACCAGAGCAGAUUUAGGAGCCUGCUCGAAAGUUCACGACGAAGAAGUUAGAAAAUUGUUUCAAAAUGCUAAACCAACGCACCAUCGUAAACUCCAAUAUCAAGAGGAUUUUCUUCGAUUUUGUGUGUCUAUGAUGAAUGAAGUUGAAAGAAAGAUAGUCAAAGGUAAACAAAGAUUGGCACUCAGCGGAAAAAAUGAAUUGCCGGCCAUAUCUCCUGCCCAAACACAGAAGAAUCAAGAACAAAUCAAUAUACUAAACGAAAGGAUAAAUGAUUUGGAAGCCGAAGCUGAAAAAGCCGGAACUGAUGGAAAUGUAGAACAAGCUCAAGGACUGAUGAAACUCUGUGAUCAACUGAAGGAAGAAAGAGACUCACUGCGUAAACAAAUAGAAAAUGGUCAUUGGAAUGCAACAGCAGAACUCGCAGCAGCGCAGGAAAAACAAAUGGAAGUCUGUGAAGUGUGUGGAGCCUUUCUUAUAGUCGGUGAUGCCCAACAACGAAUAGACGACCACUUAAUGGGCAAACAACAUAUGGGAUUCGCUCGACUCAAAGCUGCAGUGGAUGAAGUAAGUGCCUUGGUAAAAGCCGCGAAGGAUGAAAGGCAGUACGGAAGAAGUAGUUCAAGUACAGACGAUAGUAGGCGGGACAAAGAGAGGGACAGAGAGAGAGAACGACGACGAGAAAGAGACCGAGAACGCGAAAGAGAAAAAGAGAGGGAACGUGAACGAGAAAAAGAUAAAGAAAAAGAACGGGAACUAGAGAAAGAAAAGAGCCGGUCAGAGCAAAGAGACAAGGAGAAGCAGAAAGAGAGGGAUAGGAGAGAGAGGGAGAAGAGGUCGCGUACUGUAGACAGGGUUGAUGGUAGAAGAGAAAGGGAUUCACACAAAGACCAUGUAAGGGACCGAGAAUCUCAAAGAGAGAAGGAACGAGAACGGGAGAGGGACCGGGACAGAAAGCACCAUUCUGACCGAGACUCAAGUCGUCACCGCCACCAUCACCACGGGCACCACCACAGACGAUAAUCAAUUGACCAGUAAGAUCACCCGUUGCAGUGUCACAAACAGGUGAGGUCUGUAGGAAAUAAGAAGUCCCAACUAUGUAACCCAUUUUUUAUCGGCAAGCCAUCCAGUCGGUCUUCUGUUGCAAAUAGAGGUGACGAUUUUUGUUUUUGCUUUUUAGUCGUUAGGUCAUUAUUCGUAUUUAAAGUUGGAAAAAAUAUAUUUUAUUUUCACAUUCUUGAUGUUAAUGUAAAAUAUAGAUUUAUCAAAAUAAAUAUU